AUUUUGAAUCGUGUCUACAUGACGUUCAUCACGGAAACGUGAUAAAUCUAUAGUAUGCGUGUAAAUUCUUAUCUUACCAUAAGGUACCAUGCUAUAUAAUAUCGCGUGGGUGCUCCAUAAAGGAUAUCAAAAUGAGACGCCAUGUAAACGAAAUCACUCGCUUACAUUGUUUCUAUUACUAAUUAGUGCCUUAGCCGUGUCAAGCUCAAUCAAUAGUUGGCUGGUAUCAUUUUAAUUAUCCAUUUGCGUAAGGAGCUGAACUGUACGUUGGAUUGAAAGUAUAGGGAAUACAUGACAGAAUCAUGGAUUUAUCAACGGAUUCGAAAAAUGUAUCGGUGAAUUCGAGUACCGAUCAUCAUUCACAUGACAUGGAACACAGUCUAUCAACCGUCAUCAUCGCCGCCAUCAGUCUCUCCAUCAUCAUCGUCGUGUCUGUAUGUGCAAAUGCCCUUGCCACCUCCACGAUACUCCGUGUUCGUCUUCUCCGUGAGAAUCUCCACAACCAUCUCAUUGUCAAUCUCAACGUCAUCAGCAUGCUCAUCACAGUCUUUAGUAUGCCGCUGGCGUUGGUGUCUAUCUUCGACGACGGUAAAUUGUUGGAACACAACACAGGUCUCUGUCUGUUCAACGGGUUUUGUUCAAUCGCUUUCCCAGUAGCAAGCUCGUUCACCGUUCUAUGGAUAGCUGUAGACAGAUACCUAACAGUGGUUUGGUCGAAACGUUUCCCUCCUUCAAAUGCCCGUACCAUCUUUAUGAUAGUCUCCACGUGGGUCGUCUCCUGCAUAGUCGCCAUCUUGCCACUCCUCAAUGUCCUCUCAGAAUACUUUUACAUGCAUGACACCCACCACUGUUCACCAGUCUGGGAAAAGUGUGAAUUCUACUUCGUAAUCUUCUUCGCUGUGUACGGUCUCAGCAUUCCUAUCAUGGUAGUAUCCUAUGUCUUUGUGGUCUACCACCUCUGCAAGAAGGAACGUAAGAUGCAGUCUCAUCAGUCAUUUAGGUCUAGGUCGAGAUCACGAUUCUCUCGGUCCGAACGAUCUGUGAAGAAAACGAAGCGGAUUAAAGCAGAAAGAAACACCAAAGAACAGAGUUCCUCUCUGGUUACUGAUUCAAGCCACAAGAACUCGGAACCGACUAAAGGGAAAAUACAUCAUGAUUCUGGGUACGCGUCCCCUCCGAAGAACUCUCUGGUUGGGACGGAUAGUCCUCCGGGAAGUGCGAAAAUUCUUCCAGGAGAAGCUGUUAAUCUCGAGUAUGGAAGCUUGAAUAAAAACAACUCAGCAAGUACCGACGAUGGUCCAGAUGAAAAAAGAUUGUCGGUCUGUGUUCGCCAUGGAUCCGUACGAGAUAUGAUAAAGCGACUGGAGAAAAAAAAAGACAAGACCAGAUCAAAAUAUGAUUCAUUACCAAAGGCAAGACGAAAAUUGGGUGUGACACCUAACGAUCUACGAAAGGCAGCUUCCGCAAAUGACAUCGUGGAAUAUCAUGAUCCCAGUUUUGAUAAUUGCACCUCCGGAUCUGAGGACAACACUGUCAAUAUAAAAUAUUUCGGAGAAGAGUGCUGUCACGCGGAUCUUUUAAAUCAAGGCGAGGUCCAUUGUGAUGACGACAGUACACCUGUAGUGGUAGAAUGUUUUGUUUAUGAAGAUCCUGAACCAGAUCACAAUCCAGAAAGAACAAUGCUCUCGGAGCAAGUUAGAGAAUGUGAUUAUCCAAUCAUACCUCACAUAAUUAUAGACCACGUCACAAAAGAAGAACCACUACCAGAUUCAGAUGAUGAGAACAGUUCUGAAACACCAAACUCAUCAACAUAUGGUUCCCAAAACGAGGAAAGUGGGGCAACGGUACUGUCAGACACCGUUGAAUCAGGUCUUUUAGCCUUACCAAACAGCUCUUGCAUGAAUGAUGAAGACGGGGAACUAUCGUCAUGUAAUGAGAGACAUGGCGACGAUGUCAGAGCGCGAAGCGUACCCGGGUUGCAGUUUUCUGUGGUUAUCCAGCGUCUUGCGACUUCGGACGAGAGUCCAUCAAAUGGCGAAGUUCGACCAAAGAGAGAGGGAUCCAUUGGAAGCUUAUCUUCUAUGAGAAGCGUAACAGGUACCAUGAAACUCAAGAGAGGCAGCACACGACGACCAAGCAUGAGGCCCACCCUAACAGCCGAUAAACAAGUCGCGCUCAUGGGAGGAUUGCUGGUACUUACUGCUGUAAUUUGCUGGACCCCAUACUUUGUUAUCCACUCGUGUUUCUUCCCCAUGAACAUUGCGCCUCAUUGGACCAGCAUAUUGACCACGUGGUUAGCCUACUUGAAUGCAAUGUUUAAUCCUCUGAUUUACUCAUUUACCAAUCGUCGUAUCCGCGCCAUGGUGGCAACGUUUUGUGGAAAGCGUUGCAGAAGGAUGAGAGCGUUGCUGUGCAAGAAAAGUCAGGAAACGGCCACGAUCGUACCCCAUUAGUCAUUUGUCGAGAAUGGCUUAGUUAUCUUGGAUGACUGAUAUGUUAAUAAAAAGUUCUGCGUGAAAUUUAUACAACAGAGCUUCUUUUUUUCAAGAUUUCCACUUUUAUGAAAUGGUGAUUUUUUUUACCUGAUUGUUAAGAAAGCGGGAAUCCUUUAAGCAAGCAACCAGAGGACCGACGACGGCUUUAGGUACUCUCUGAGGGGCUUGGUAAUGGGGAUUAAUGCCUUACCAAUGGGCACUAGCGCACCAAGUGGGAAUCGAACCAUAGGAAUAGGAAUCGAACCCGGGUAACUGGAAUCCGACACCCCGCUCUACCGACUAAGCUAUUGCGCCUCCUCUAUUUUUUCUUUAUUCGUACCUUUUUACAGUAUUACAUUUUUACCUUUUUUCAUUCGUAUUCCACGAAUGCUCUUUCAAAACAGUGCUCCUUUGACAACAAAUCAAGAAAUUUUAAUACUUCAAUUAGAAAUUCGAGUAUUUUUUUCAUAUCAUACCUUACUUAUAGGCCUACAUCCUCAACGCCUUUAAGGAGUUGGCUGAUGCCAAACAUUACCAUUUAUAGUCGUUUUCAACUUUCCAUAGUUCUUAAACCUUCCCCUUUUCAUUAUCAAUCUGAACACAGACAUGAAGAUCGUCGGAUUAUAUUUGUCACGAUAUUGAAAUUUCAUGGUAUAUAAAUAUGGUAAUUCUGAAUAUACCCUUUUUCAUGCUUCAUGCAUUACUAUCGCAGUCGUUAUUCGUCGUCUAUCGUAUUAAAUGCCCAUAGUAACGGGGCUCAAAUGCCAAUCAAAGGGAGUAAUGAUUGGUGGUAUCAUUAUAGAAAUGUAAUGCUGGUAGGUUGGCCUAUUACUUCCUGGAGUUAAAGGGCUCCACAUUACAUAAGGGCCAUAAUUAUUAUAAGCCCACAGACUUAAGAUGUUGGGCAACAUUCUGUCCACUGUGUUUGGUAAUGUAUAUUGGAAAUGUAUAUAUAUAUAUAUAUAUAUUAUGGGCAAUUAUUAUCCGAUUGAGCAAAUCUCCUACCCAAGUAUGAGUUUUUAUUACCAAAUUUGGGCAGAUUUCAACCAAUAGAUGUGUGGACAGUAUGUUGUCUAAUAGGGGCGGAUCCAGGAUUUUUCGAAGGGGGCACAUUUUCCCGAGGAAAAAUUUGACAAGCAAAAAAAUUGGGGUUUUAACCAAACAUCAAGGAGAUUUCGUCCACGAAAAAAAUUGACAAGCAAAAAAAAAGGUCUUCACUUCCAAAGGGGGGGGGGGCACACUUCUGUUUUAAUGGCAUUUUUACAUUACAAAUGUUAAUUGUGCCUCUCAAAAGGAUCCGCCAGUGUUGCUCAGGGUUGGUCAAAUGUUGGGCAUUUUGUUAAGAGUGCAUUCUUACAAGAAUGAAAGAAUAUAGAGACUUAUAUGCCUCUAUGAGAAAUCAUCAUCGCCUUACCUAUAGUUGAUGGAAGUUUUGGAUCACAAGAUAAAAUAACAAAAUGUCCCAGUACUUCAGUCGAAUUAAAUAAUAUAGAAAUAAAUUAAUAUAAUAUAAUAAUCAGAAUUGAUGGGAUUAAUUGAUCAAAGUGAAGAUUUGAAGACAAUUUAUAAGUGAAUUUGAAAUGCUAUCUACCGUAGAUAGCAAAUCACUUGUUAAGCUAAACGAUUUACCCUUUUUACGAAAGCUGACGUGAUUGGAUGAAAUUAAUCAGAGUUAAAGGUUAAAAGUUCAUAGCUUAAGGUUCAAGGUUAAAUCAAGGGCCUAAAUUGAAAUGCUAUCUACCGUAGACAGCAAAUGACAAUAAAAGCAAAAUGAUUAAGAUCUUUUUUGAGAACACAUUAUAUGGUCUGAAAAACAUUGAAAACAAUUAAAGGUUUACAGUUCACGACUCAUUUUUCCAAGGUUCGAGGUUGAAAACCAGGGCAGAUAUUGAAAUGAUAUGUCCAUUCCAUCGUAAUAAAGGGCUUACAGUAAUCAUUAUUAAAUUUCCUAUCAUUAUCAUGAUUGGGUUUGCGGCUAAUCAUCUUUCAAAUCAACGCAUAUGGAAUGUGAUCUCAUACCAUGUGCACUGUGCAUUGUCUUUUUCGGGGGGGGGGGGGAUUCAAGAUUCUUGGAAUAUAAUUUGCGUGUUUAAAGACCCCUGAGAAAAGAGGCGUGAUUCAUUUCAGCCGAGAAUGCACCUAUAGAGACUAUUCAUGAUAUUAUAGAUAUAUUUUUAUAUCUGUCCUCGGUGCCAUUUUCUUGAUAUUACUUGUCAGUUAUGCUAUAAUAUGUAAAUUGGAUGACCAGUAGGCUAAUAUCCUCUUAUUUUUGUAACCUUUAGAUCCAUUGAAGUUUCCUAUUUCAUUUUGAAUUUCCCAUAUGCAUUUCAUUUAAAAUUACAUUCAUUUACAAAAUUAUAAGUAGAGAUGUACUUGUAAAUAUACAGAUUCUUGUAAAUAUUUUAUGUUUAUUACUGAUAUGAUUUUUCAUUUUGUAAUUAUUGUUUCUAUAUACCUGAUGUAUAUAUAAUUUUGAUAAUGAAAUACCUUGGUGACAUACAUUAAGCAUUUACUGUAUACCAUUCUUAGAAAAUAUAAGAACAAUUUUUCAGGAUAAUCUUACAGUAAUAAAAUACAGAACAUGCGUGUUUAUUGAAACGUAUACGAUGAACAAUCAUCCGACCUAUCUAUUUGUGUUUUAUCUUAUACCAGUUAAUUUCUUUCCCAUUGGAAUUAAACCGUAUACAUCAUUGGUCCUGUGUGUAAUAUUGAUUGUUCGGAGGUGCCUUACCUGAGGUUCACCCAUCUUGUUGGGUUCACCGUUACUAGACCAUAAUUAUGAUAUUAAUACGAAUGGUUUCCAACUGCGAGUGGAACUUGCAACACAGUGAUACACAUGUCCGCGUUUUGAGGCCUGGGACCCGUUUCAUAAAGGACUUGCAAAAGAUGUAACUUUGCCAUAAUGGCAACUACCAUGGAAACAUUGAAUAUGAUUGGCUGCUAAGCCCUGUUAUCAUGGUAGUUGCCAUUAUGGCAAUGUUACCACAGUUGCAAGUUCUUUAUGAAACGGGCCCCUGGGUCACUUAUGGUCCAGUUUGAUGACAUCUAGGCGUAAAAUAAUCUUUAAAAAUAUACGUCUGUUAGAUAUUAUUUCUGCCUAUCAAAAUGUAAUGCAUUACCAUUUAUUUACCUAGUGUUUUUGGUUGUUAUUAUGAAGGAUGAUUUUUAAAUGUUUCAUCUCAUUAUACACUAUAAAUGCAAUCUGCUCAAAUUCAUUGUAUAUAUAAUGACACUCGACUAAAAUAUUAAUUUCAAAAUGACUAAUUUCUUGUCAGAAUAAAUAGACUAUAUUGAUUGAAAUGACAUGAUUUUAUUUUUUCGUCAUUUUCAUAAGAAAUAUUCAUUAUGGAAAUGAAAUUUAUAUAUCAAGCGCCUUUGAUCUAUAUGAGUAGAUUAUUCUAGAAGGUUCAAGAUUCCUUUAGUAGUUUAUGCUAUAAAAAUUGUGUUUAAGCUAAACGAACUGGGGUGAUUGUUUUAAUAUAUCACAUAGUGCCUAUAAUAAUGCUAUUCCAUGUCACGUGAGAGUGAAAUUCAUGGCAUAGUGGUAAUCCUAUUGACUAAAACCAAGUCGGAAUCAGGGCAGUAGUUGUUAUUGUGACAGCAGCAGUGACAUGAUUUGGUAUGACCGUGUAUGCCGAUAUUUGAUUAUAAUAUCAAGUUACAAACAUUCCCACAUUGCUUUGCAUUUUUUUUAUUAGGUAAUGUCUCUAUUGUAAAACGAUCCCGUUCUUCAGUGGAACACUAUUUUAUACACUGCAAAAAAUUUAGCACUUACAGUGCUUGUAUAGUGACUGCACUACGAGUGUUGAUUUUCUAGGUUAAAUUUGAACUAGAAAAUCAGCACUAGUAGUGCAGUCCCUAUACAAGCACUGUAAGUGCUAAAUUAGCACUUCAUUUUUUACAGUGUAUCAUUUGGUAUUCAAUGCAAGAAUAGAUUUGUUAAGUGUAUUCUCCAAAUUCACUCUAGCUAUGAUUACGCAAAAACUGACCCGCUUAUUGUAAAUAGAAAUGUACACAGGUAAUAAGAAAAGACGUAAAUACUAGUCUGUUUUCUUUAUAUCUUGAAGAAUAUGUAAUAAAUAUUUCGUAUAGCACCAACAUACACAACGUGUUAAGGCAUUCAAUAUAUAUAUAUUUUUUACAUGAUUAUGUGGUGAACAUAGGCAUAAUUUGAUGAAUAUUUCAGCAAAUAAAAGUACUGUAUCAAAAGUGCUAUAUAAUAUUGUGGCGAUGUCCAUGCAAAAAUAUUUUGUUCUAUAUGAUCAUUAAUGAAAAUUACUAUCACAAUCAUGAGCCCUAAAAUAAUACAAUGAAUGAAAUGAUGGAAAUACAAGAUAUCAAACAGUAUGAUAUAUAUUAGAAUGUCUACACAUAAUGUAUUGAUUUAAUAGAAUAGAACACAUAUCUAUUUCGCUAUACCAUGUCAGUCAAGAAAAACUUGACACCUCACAAAUCCCCAAUUUAAGUAAAAAGAUAUGUCAUGAACUCAUGAUUAUGAUAUAUGGCCUAAAAGAGUAUGUUCUCCAAAAUAAUUUGAUACCAUAUUUAUGUGGUAUUAUAUAACGU